ACAUCGAUACAAACAUUAGUCCAUCGAUACCUCGCCAGUGCCAUCGAUGUUCCUCCACCUCUACUGCUUAACCAGAAAUCUAAUAAGAAAAAGUGAAAAAUAACAAAACAAAUGCGAUAAAUAUUGUUGAAAAAACGCAUCGAUAAAUUGGCGCAGUUGUGUGGCGCGUUAACAACAAUUGAAGACGUGUGCGAGCUAAACGCAAAGUGCCAAUAAUAAAGAACUAAAAAAAAUAGCAAGAAGACGACGAAGAUGAACGAAGAAGAAGAAACGACAGCAGCAGCAGCAGUCGUCGAAUCGUGAUGAUAAGUUUGUGCGAGUGCGGUGCAACGAAAACGAAAAUAACAUACAUAAUACGUGUGUGUACAUAAUAAUACUCAUACGUGUGUGUACGUACGUAUGUGUGUACAUAUGAAAAGCGUGUGUAUGUGUAUUGCAUGCGUGCGUGUGUGUGCGUCGUAGUGUAGUUGUGUAGGUGUGCAGUUGUCUGUGUGUGUGUUGCGCGGUGUUGUUGUUCUUGUUCUUGUUGUCGCGCUGCUGCCUGAAAAACACAAAAAAAAAACCAAAUCGGAGCAGUAGCUGAAUUUACAUACAUAGAGUACGUAGCCAUACAUACAUACAACAAGGAAAUGCAAUACAAAAACGGUCACACAACGGGCACAACGCUGCGCCGCCAGUCCCAACAAGAAGAAGCAGAACCCAACUGCGUGUUGUAAUCCCAAGAAUUCCAAUUGGGAAAAGCAACAAACAAACUACACAAAUACCAAUACAGUUUUUAAAGUGUCCGUCGCUGUCGCUGCCUCUGCCUCUGUCACAGUCGACGUCGGUGUGAAAAGAGGUCAAAGGCGCAACAAAAGUUUUUCAUUUCGUUGGUAACGAAAACACACAAAAAAAAAAGAAAAAGUACAACAAAAAACGUAAAAAUUAAGUGCCAAGCAGCUGAGCGCAAAAUAAAAAAAACGUCGUAGUUGUGCGUUAAAACAAUAAGCGCGAACAAACGUGUGUGCCAGUGUAUGUGUGUGUGUGUGUUUGCCUGCUUCUAAGUGAGUGUAAGUGAGCAAACAACAACAACCAGCAAGGAGAAGAAGAAGAGCAGCAGCGCCACACACAGCACAAAAAUCUUUGCGCGCGGCCAUUAACAAAUUCCCAGCUGAAUAACAACAACAGCAACAACAACAAUAUUUCAGAAACGAGCAGCUGCGCUCAAAACUGAAAUUAGAAAUCAAUUUUUCGUAUUAAACAAUCAAAAAAGAACACACAUUUCUAGCAGCAGAACGCAAUAUAAAAAUCUGGUUUUAUCAGUCGCUCCACCACCAACAACAACAAGCAACCAAAUAAUAAUAAAAAGCAAAAACAAAAAAAAACGGCUGACAAGUUUUUAGCGCGUACGGUAAAGAAGAAGACGACGCAGUAGGCAAAAAAAAAGAAAAGAAAAAAGCUACAUACGCUCGCGCUGUGCUGUGUUGUGUGUUAGUCUUAGUGAGAGCUUAGAACAAACAAACAAACCAACAACAACAACAACUCAACUACUACAAAAGCUUGACAGCAGCUGGGCGCUAAAAAAGCGCCAAAAAUAUAUUCAGCCAUAACAGAGCCAUCAUAAUAGUCGUAUAUAAUAUAUAAAUAUAUAUAUACAUUUAUAUACCUAUUUUAAUUAAGCAACACAAAAAACCAAAACGCCAAAGCGAAAUAUUUUAGCACACAAAACAACAACAGCCACAAUCGGCAAAUUCAGGAGUUUGGAGAGAGAGCCAUCUAAAGAGAGGGAGAGACAGUAAGAGAGAGCAACGAUUGUGGGAGAGCACGCGAAAGCACGCAAAGCGGAGGAGUGAGAGAGUGAGACAGCAAGUGAUUUUGUUGUCAUAGCGCGCGCUUGACAAACUGACCACAGGCGCAGCAAAGACAGCUAGUUAUAGCAACAGCAACAGCAAACAAUCACAGCAACAAUGGCCAAUCCACGCAAAUUCAGCGAGAAGAUUGCGCUGCAGAAGCAGAAGCAGGCGGAAGGAACCGCUGAGUUCGAGCGGAUUAUGAAGGAGGUGUAUGCCACCAAAAUGGACGAGACACAGGCGAAUCAAAAGCUGCUCGAGUGCUGUGGCCCCGAGAGUGGCCCAAAUGCAAAUGCCUCGCCAGGGAAUGCGGGCAAUGGCAGCGGCGGUGGCAGCGGGAAUGGAAGUGGUGCCAGUGGCGGUGCCUCACCGGAUGGCAUAGGCGGUGGCGGAGGAGGAGGAGGUGGAGGCGGUUCACCCACAGCGUAUCGAGAGUCGCGAGGGCGUAGUGUGGGAGUUGGACCCAUGAGACGACCCUCGGAACGGAAACAGGAUCGUUCACCCUACGGCAGCAGUGCGGGUGGACCGGGUGGCUUAAUCAAUGCCAUGGGUCUGCCCAACAGCGUCAGCGGUGGCAACAGCAGCAACAACAACAACAAUGGCACACAACAGAACCUCUAUCUGAGUCCGCCAAUGGACACGAGCUGGCGACGCUCGAACUCUGAUUCGGCGCUGCAUCAAAGCUUAAACAUGGCCGUGGCUGCCGAGGGCGGUUUUGCACCGGACAUGAAUUCGUUGCACGCCAAUUACCCGCAGCAGCAGCAACAGCAACAACAGCAGCAGCAACAACAACAUCACCAACGAUCUCAUUCGCCGCAUCAAAUUGGACGCAGUUUCAGUCCGCAGGCACAAAGGAGAAAGCCACCGUUGUUACCGCAUCAGGUGCAGUUGCAACAGUUGCAGCAGCAUCAUCAAAACAUGCAGCAGCAACUGCAGCUGCAUCAGCAACAACAGCCGCAAGCACAACAACAGCAACAACAGCAGCAGCAACAACAGCAGCAGCAACAACUGCAUCAGCAGCAACAACAGCAACAGCAACAUCAGCAGUUGCAACAGCAGCAACAAGCAACGCCAUACAACGCCAAAUUCCCCAAUUCGCUGUUCAGAUCGCUGCAGGAUCAGGCCAGCUAUGCCAAUACCGGCUCCCUGCCCAAUCUCACCGCGCUGCAACACUACACCACACCUCAACAGCAGCAGCAACAGUCACAGCAGCAGCAGCAACAGUCACAGCAGCAUCAACUGCAACAUCAGACGUUAUCGCCGGUCAUGUCACCGCACAAUCAGCGACGCGAUCGCGAUCAAUCGCCUAGUCCCUUCAGUCCUGGUGGUCCGCCUUCGCCCUACCAUCAGCAACAACACUCGCCCACAUCCGCCGUCGCCAACAAUAGCAACAACAGUAGCAACAGUCAAACAACAGCACAACAACAGCAGCAGCAGCAACAGCCAACAAGCAGUUCACCGCAUCUGUCGUUUAGUCCGCUACCCACGUUGGGCGCCAGCGCGAAUAACACAAACAACACCUCAAACACUGUGGCCGGCAACCUGACCGACUAUCGCCAGCCCGCCCAUCCGUCUAGUCCACGCUCCUCGCCCGGCCUGCUGAGCAGCGUUUCGGGCAGCGAGCUGCACACAUCGGCGCCCGCAAGCCCGAUACGCGUGCAACAGCAUCAGCAACUCCCCGGUGGUUAUGAUACCACCUUCAACAGUCUGAAUCCCUCGUUUCACAAUCACUUUGAGAACUUCUCGCUGGGCGAUAGCAAUUCAUCGCCGGAGCAACAAAGUUUCGCCAACAAUUUUGUGGGUCUCGGUUUUGAUGAUUUCACCGGAGCGACGUCCGCAACGGGGAAUGGCACAAAUGGACCGUUUCAGGACCAGAAUAAACUCUUGGACUACAAUGAACUGAGCGGCAGUCCCGAAGCCAGCAGCAACAACAACAACCUGAGGCGCAUCAACAACCAACAACAACAACAGCAGCAACAGUUGCUGAAUAACAACAGCAAUGGAGCGGGCGGUACGGGAGCCACGCAUAAUGGCGGACCGAGUCUCAAUGGUCCGCGUGGAGAGCACCACAAUAACAAUAGUAGCAACGGUGGUGGUGGUGGUGGUGUCAAUGUGGUUGAGCCGCUGGUCGCCUCGCCAAUUCCCUCGCCCUUGGGUUGUCCCAGUUCGCCGCUUCCCAUACCGAUGUCUGCGCAAGCCUCGCCACAGCAGCAACACCAUCACCAGCAGCAUCAGCAACAGUUGUCGCUGUCAUUGCACCACUCGCCGCACCACUCACCAAUGCAUUCGCCGCAUCACACGAAUUCGCCGCAUCAUACGAAUUCGCCGCUCUCGAGCAGUUCGCCUGUGAGUAAUGCCUGCAACUCGAACAUGGUCAUGAAUCAUCUGCAACAGCAACCACAGCAGCAACAGCAGCAACAUCAUCACCAACAUCAACAGCAGCAGCAGCAGCAGCAUCAUCAUAUGCACCAUCAGGGACAAUCGCAAAGCCAUACGCCAACGACAGCGAAUAUACCCUCCAUUAUCUUUAGCGAUUACUCGUCGAAUGCGGAUUUUAAUCGCGAGAUUUUCGAAACGCUUGACUUGGAUUUGGGUACCAUGGAUGUGGCUGAGUAUCAAAUGCUCUCGGAUCAGAAUCCCAUUCUGAUUGCCGAUCCAACGAUUGAGGAUACGUUCCGUCGUGACCUCAACUGAUACUAUGAGGAGGCUGUUGCGGCUAUCGAGAGCGGCGUGCUGCUCGAGGACACCUACGAGACGCUGUUGGGCGCUGCCGGCGCUGCUAUGCCACUGCCCAUCCCCACCAGUCCCAUCUCGGAUGUCCAAACAGCAGCAUCAGCGGCAGCGGCGGCAGCAGCAGCGGCUAGCGAACGGGAUAAAAAGGAUCUAGAGGUAGUGGAGCUGUUAGUGCCGGGUGUGAUUGAUGAUCUGGUCGACUCCAGCGAUUUGGAUGAGGAAGUGCGCAAGUUUUUCUGCUAAGUCAAAGCCAAGUUAUCGCCUCCUAGAGAUGUAAGCCUCCCUUCUUAUAACUCCUUGUCCUCGUCCUCGUCCUGAUCCAUGUCCUUGUCCUUGUUCCGGUCGUUAUGCUUUGUGUAGCUCGUAAUACUUUUAGCCAUUAAGUGUACUUGAGAGUCCUCUCCUCCGUUCCCCAUUGUGUCCCUUACUCCCAUCCCCACCCAUAAAUCGGAAUGCGAUCCUUAGACGCGAUCGAAUCCGAUCCGAAGCACAAGCGUUAAACAUACGAAAGAUAUAUUUUACAGCGAGUCUCAGAUUUUACUUAACUACGCACAUAAGUCACGAAAAUACCUAUUACAAACUACAACUACAUACU